AUGUCCUUUAACAGGAUUAUUGAGAGACUGCCAAUCAUUGCACCUCAGGACUCCCAUCACUGCUUUAUUGGCCCGUUGAGCCGCAUUCAUCUUCUCCCUCAUCCAGAGAGUCAGCCUGAGGAGCUGAUGUGUGAAUUGGACUGUUUUCACACUUGGUCUGAAUGUGAAUCUCCGUCGCUGGCCAUGCUGGUCACAGGCUCCGUGCUGGAUGAUGUGAUCUAUAAACGUGGUGAAUAUAAAGAGAACUGCACACGAUUCCUGAAAGCCACUUUUCCUACUGGAACUGGGAUUUUUUUUGAUUGUUGGUUUGAUUUUUUUGCUUGUUUGGUAUCUGUACCCUGCCCUCCUUAUUUACCAUGGAUCACAGAAGGUGCUACUGGAAACGUGUACAAGGAAUGUACGGUCAACGGGACCUGGAAAACUGAGGAGAAUUCCAGCACCAUAUGGAGAAAUCAGUCAGAGUGUGAAAACCAUUAUUUUUUCAAGUCCGAGGAAGAAGAAGUGUUUCGGCAGUCUGUGCUGAGAGUCUUGUCCAUUGUAGGAUACUCGCUGUCAUUUUCCUCUCUUUGCUUGGCUGUUCUGAUCAUGAGUCUUCUGAGGAAGCUUCACUGUACGAGGAACUACAUCCACAUGAAUCUCUUUGUAUCAUUCAUAUUUAGAGCAAUAGCAGUAAUUAUCAAAGAGGUUAUAUUACAAGCCACGUAUAAAAACCUGCCCAGGGAUGAGAUCGGUUGGAACAGCUACACAAAAUCUACGAUUUCAUUCGUCUGCAAGGCCUCAAAGGUGUCGCUGGAAUAUUUUGUUGGGUGUAAUUACUUCUGGCUGUUAGUGGAGGCGAUAUUCCUGCACACGCUGCUGUUCACUGCAGUUCUGACCAGGAAAAGACUUCUUAAGAAAUAUAUGAUUUUAGGAUGGGGAACUCCAUUACUGUUUGUGAUUCCCUGGACUGUUGCCAAAACUUUGUAUGAAAAUAAAAGCUGUUGGUUAAAUAACAUCAGUUGGAUCUGGUGGAUAAUUAGAGGCCCAAUAUCAUUAUCAGUGAUUGUCAUUUUCUGCAUUUUUCUUAAAAUCAUCAGACUUUUGCUGUCCAAGUUAAAGGCUGACCAGGUGAAGUUCACUGACUACAGAUACAGUCUAGCCAGAGCAACGCUUGUGUUGAUUCCUCUGCUCGGGGUCCAUGCGAUCGUCUUUACCUUUAUUAUAGACGAAUCGGUUGAGGGAAGCAGCCGCUACGCUCGAAACUUUGUCAGUCUGACUCUGAGCUCUUUCCAGGGUCUUUUAGUUGCAGUGCUGUACUGCUUUGCAAAUGGAGAGGUCCAGGCUGAGCUGAAGAAGAGGUGGCAGCUGUUUGUUUCCUCCAACCACUUCGAGGUGCACAACUGUUUCGCCGACAUUCACCCGAAACACCUGUGGAAGUGCUCGCAGAAGAGACCUGGACAAACUACAGAACAGAGCGAAUCCAAUGAGGAGGGAAGCCACGCCCCCACACAGGGACAUCCGCUGCAGGUGGCCGUCCAAUCAGCAGAGGAUUUGCCGUGUGGGCGGAGCUCUGGCCUGGAGUUUUACAUGAGGAAGAGCCUCUCCAGCAGCGACGGGGAGAUGACUUUAGGAGAGACCAUGGAGGAGAUCAUAGAGGAGAACGAGUUUUAACGUCUUCUCACUCGUCAGCGGCCCCUGCUUCUGACUGAUUUUUCUAUAAAUAUGUAAUUAAGGAUGUAUAUAGACACUUUAAACACUGUAAAUGGCUAUCAUGAUGUUUUUGAUACCUGAUUUUUGUAUGUGUGUAUGAUGCAAGGUGUUUUGAUGGAGCCCCACAAACUUCUUUUGUUGGUCAAAUGAAACAUUUAAACAUAAGUUUAUUGAACAACAAGAGUAGAGAAAAGUAGAGAAGGACUGUGAAUGAAAACAGCCCAGUGAUUAUGAUAUAUUACCUUCUUCGUUAUCUUGAUCAAUGGUUUUCAAAUGGUUUCGAUUCACAACUUUUACAUUGGACAUUAAUACAGAACCAAAACUACUAUGUCUUGAAAUUCAUUAAUGUUGCCAUAGCUCGAACAAUAUGCUAAAGUGGAAAUAUUAUCAUAUUUGUUUCCCUAACUAUGCUAGAUAACAUUGUUAAAUGCAAUUUAUUGCAUUUAGAUUUGUUUUUUUUUUUAUUGCAUUUUUUUUUUUGUCAAAAUGCACCAGUUGAGAGCCAGUUUUAAUUAAACAUUGAUUUGCAUCUUAAUCUGCAUUUUGAUGUGUUUAAAUAUUUUUUAUUUUUUUUACAUUGCAAAGGCAGUGCAAUUAAAUUAACAAAACAUUUAAACAAUUAACAACAAAUUUCUCCCUCACUGUGUGUUUAUUUGGCCAAACGGCCUAUUGGAAAAUCCCAUAUCUGGAAAAAUCUUAAUUUUCAUGCAUGUAUACUAUAAGUAGUACUAGUAGAAUACUAAAAUGAAACCGUUUGCAUGACUGUUACAUAUAGCGUUUUAUUCAUGAGCAAAUGAGUGUGAAGCAAAGUUGUAGAUUAUUUACAUAAUUUGCAUGUGGUUUCACAGCACAUGAUCGGCGGUGAUUGUGAAUUUGACUCUUUUUCGCCAGUGGACUGAUUGUAUCUGUGUAUUUCACUGUAACUCAGUGUCUAGAUAUCCAGCUUUUAACUGUUCAUUUCGUUUCAUGUUUUCUACUGCAGCAUUAUUACAUGUAUAUUCCAUGGCACAUAUUGUAUUGAAAUCUUGGUCAACACAUCAGAACAGCAGAAAUCAAAAGCAUUACAGUGCACAUGAAACAAAAGAAUCAGAUAAACAAAAAAAUAAAAAUAAAACAAACAUUAUUGCUUCUUCUC